AUGAUGAUGAAGACCGUGUCCUAUUUGUUUUGCAUAGAUCCUUUGGUCGACAACGACGAUGACGAGGACAGCAAUGAUAUUGUGACUUCGAGUAGUACAACAAACCAGUCAGACUUGGAUGUAUCUGUGGAUGAGGAACAGGCUUUGAUCAUAGCACCCACAAAAGUAGUGCGUCGCUGCACCGAUUUCGGGUGCUGCAUAGCUUGGCUGUUAUUCGGAGGGGUAGUUCUUGCGGCGGUCAUGCUAGGCUCUUACAAGCCAGAGCGCCACGAUUUCAUUCGGCUGACCAACGAAGCUGGCACACAGUGCGGUGUUUACACCGAGGUGGGCAAUAAUUUCUGGUACCUCUGCGGCGCAGAAUUGGGCAAUGGCAGCUUUCUUGCGACCUGCGUCCCGCGCUGCGAAAUUAAAACCUCCCGGCGCGAGGCCUACUGUGAACUCGCAUGGCCCGGCCUGACUGCUUCUGACUACGACUCCGACCAGGUGGGACCUCUUUGCUGGCCCACCAAUGCGACACUGGCGGCCAACCUAAGGGCUCAGCUGCAAGCAAAUGGCUAUGAUAGCAUCGACAUGUACAUCACAUUGCACUUUGCAUGGCCUCCACUGGCGGUGGCUGGCUUCUUGUCGAUCCUCGUAUCCCACACGUGGGUUCGAGUUCUGCGCGAUCAUGCGAGCACACUGGCCUGGCUUGGCGUGUACCUGCUGGUCAUUCUGCCCCUGGUUUGCCUGGCCUAUAUGUGGCUUGCCUACGGCGAAGUACAGCGAAUCACCGCCAUUUUCCUGGUCUCCCUGGCGUGUAUGUUUGCUUGCCUGGCCUGUCGCAGCACGCCUCAGCUGGACAAAGCGGCGAUUUGUCUCCAUGCGGCCUGCCAGUGUGUCACAGAUAUGCCGAUGCUGGAAGUGGGACCGGCGCUUGUCAUGAUCUCCAAGAUUGCUUGGUUUCUCCUGAUGCUAUUUUGCUUGAGGUUUCUUCCGACCACGCUGCAUUUUGACAUCCGCACAGGUCAGCCCAAGUUUUUGUUUUACGGCGGUCCAGCUCACGAAGUGGCGGACGUGUCCUGCGCCGUGCUCUACAGCAUUUUCGCGCUGUGGACCUGGAACUUGAUCAACACCUUCUGGGAGCUGGCGAUUUCGGCGCUCACGGUGCUGUGGUUUGUCCACCUCAGGGAGACGGGGGAGGUGCCUGGCAUGGCGCUGAGCCUCCACACGCUCUGGCUGCUGCUGAGGUACCACCUGGGCAGCUGCGCCAUGGGCGCCGUGUGCAUCGGCUUCGUGCGGCCGCUGCGGUUCUGCCUGGGCACUCUCACGGCGGUGCAGCGCAUGGAGCGCAACCCCUUCGGCUGGAUGGAGCAGAGCUGCUGCCCGUGCCUGGGCACCGCCUACGGCUGCCUGGACCGCUUCUCGGCCAAUGCCUUCGUGGACCUGGUGCUGCACUCCUCCUCUCUGAGGCAAGCCAUGGAGCAGUCCCAGAAGAACUCCGUGAGGUGCCAGCUGGUGGCCAACUCCCUGAAUGGCACCACCUUUUUGUUUCAGACCAUUUGCUUAGCUCUCACCUGGUGGCUGGGCUUCACUGUCAGCUACGUUGCAGUGACACAGAUUCCGGAAUAUAGCGAACCAGAACACUUUGGCUACGUUCCUUACACCAGCCGCUGGUGUGUAACCAGCGGCUUCAUUGCUUUGAUUUGCUCCUACCCUCACAUGAUGGUUUUUGACACCUCUUCAGAUGCCAUACUGUAUCUGGACACCGAGAGACUCAUACUCGAUGAGCUCCGGCAGGAUAGAACUGCCGCCGAGGAUGAGUCGAACGUUCCAGUUCUUUCCUCGUUGCAAGACAUGGCACGAUACGUGAUGAGUUGUGGCAUGCCUCCAUGA